AUGGUUCAACCACGGAAACCGAAGGCCAAUCCAAAGGCCAGUCCACAGGACCACACCGACCCUCCUCAACUUUAUCCAACAACCCCCCGGAUACUCAGGAAGAGAGGGGUGGUCGACGAGCCCUCUGGCACUGAAAACAACCCAGCUGAGUCGCCAGUUACACCAAAAAAGCCACAGACGGCUGAAAUGCCAACGCCUAAACUUCCACCAGAUUUCCAGAAAAUGCUCGGCAAGCGACGUACGCCAAAGACCGAUCCGGACAAGGCAAAUCAAGGACGACUCUCACGCUCGAAGGAGCAACGGAUGGUCAUCCUUCACCACAACAUUGAUGAGGACUCCUGGAGUGCCAGCCCUAUAAUCACCUUCAAGAUCGCAGGUAGUGUAGGGAACGUUUAUACCACACUGAUCAAAAAGGUCCCCAGUUGCGACUGUCCGGAUAAUACGUUUCGUCGUGCUCGCUGCAAGCAUAUCCUUUAUGAAGCGUUGGUGAAUGCUCUCUCGGUGACUGAAGACGCCGUGUUUCAAAAGUCAUUCUCCGAAGGCGACCUCGCCCAGAUGAUUAAAUCAUCAGCCUUGUCGCGAGUGGAUAGGCUUGUUGCCGAAGCUUUCAAGGUUACCCCCAGCACUCGUCGAACCAUCGAGGGUGAAUGUGCGAUCUGUUUUAUGGAGAUGGCGCAGACUGAAGACAUCAUCUGGUGCGAGAGGCUCUGUGGGAACAACCUGCAUGACUCAUGUUUCAAGCAAUGGGCGGGGACAUGCCACGGUACGGUAACCUGCGUGUACUGCCGUGCUCCUUGGGGCCAACAAGAUUAUGAUGCUCAAGUCGAAUCAAUCCUAGCUGCUGGCGUGCCGUCUGGCCAAUAUGUUAAUGUGGCUAGCCAGCUUGGGAUGUCCACUCAACGCGAUCAUUCGUUUUACCGUUUCCCUCGUCGCCCCAGUGGCCCUGAGGGCGAGGGCGAGGGCAAGGGCCCAGAGGCUGAGCCCUCUUCCCAGGUAUCCCAAUGA